AUGGCACGUUAUCAAAUAUUGAAGCGGAAAGUCCACUUGCCAAUCGUCGUAAUAUUUUUGAUAAUGAUGAAUUUGACGUGUUCUCUGGAAAACAACUCGAUUUAUCGCGUGUCCACAUGGGUAAAAAAAAUCGUGGAUCCGCUCAGAGAAUGCUUGAUGACAAGUCAUUUGUCGAAUCGUACAAGGAAUCGAUCAUCGAAAGUGCUUACGUUAGUAUCUACGAAGACGAAUAUGAUGAUACCUAUGAUACAAGUGGAUUACAAACAGGAGCACUUGAUGUACAUCUAGUGGACGAGUUGGAAGAGUCGGAAGCUGGUCUAUCUCGACAUAAUCAGAUAGAUCCGGGCAUUCUGCAUGAAAGUGAAUUGAUAAAAAUGUAUCACGAUGAUCCUUCGGUAUUUGAACGGACCAAUGCUGCAAGAAAGUCUAAAAAACGCGAACAACUUUGUAGAAUUACCGAGAUGACUGAUGAACAAAUUGAGGGAUGGUUUAUCAUGUUCCAGAGAAAUCCAAGGAAAAAUAAACUCUUGGAAAAAUAUGAAUGGAAAGGACAACAAAGAGAAAUAAGUAUUAGUGAAACAGAGGAAGGCAGCUCAUCAUUAGAUCAUCAGCGCACUACCCCUAAUGAGUCUCGUGGCAAAG